AAAAAAAACAAUCAACUAAAAAUGGUUAGUUUCGAGGAAGCUUGCGAGUUGGCAAAGAAUUUCACAAAGAAGCCCAGCGAUUCGGAAUUCUUAGAGUUCUACGGUCUCUUCAAACAGGCCACCGUUGGCGAUGUAAACGUUGAUAAGCCAGGCAUUUUGGAUUUGAAAAAGAAGGCAAUGUGGGAGGCAUGGAGCGCACGCAAGGGACUUUCGCAAGAAGCCGCCAAGGAAGCGUACAUUAAGGUUUACGAAAAAUAUGCGCCCACAUAUGCUUAG